CCUCUACUCGAUUCUCAUAAACUCAAGUAAGCCUCAUGGGAGACUUCAACUAUGCAGGAGGCGGCUUCAACUGUGCAGGAGACGGCGACUUCAACUAUGCAGGUGGCGGCUUCAACUAUGCAUGAGGCGGCUUCAACUAUGCAGCAGACGGCGACUUCAACUAUUCAGGAGGCGACUUCAACUAUGCAGGAGGCGGCUUCAACUGAGCAGGAGGCGGCUACUUCACCCAUGCAGGAGGAGGCGGCUUCAGCGAUGGAGGAUGCGGCGACUUUAAUAUUGAAGGAAACGGCGGCUUCAAAUAUAGAUGAUACUGAAACUUCAGAAAUAGAGGAGGCGCGGUCUUACGUAUUUAAGGAGACGAUAUGAAAUAUAGAAUGGCGACUUCAAUGAAGAAGGCGGCUGCUCAACUAUAGAGGAUAUGGAGGGUUCAGCAAUAGAGGAGGCGGCGGCUUUAAUAUUGGAGGAUGUGGCUGCUGCAACUAUGAAGAAGCUGGCAGCAUAAGCAAAGGCGGAGACGGCGGUCUAAGAAGGAAGCGAUGGCUGUGAUGGAGGAGGCGGCAUCAGUUUUUAAUGUGAUUAUUCAAAAAACUGCGUGUUUAUAAAAAAUGUCGUCCUUCGCCUACUGAUAGAUGAGGGUAAUAAGCACAAUGGUGCAGGUAAGUACGUAAUUACAAAUAUAUAUUUAUAUCUAUACAUAACUGUUUGAUGGGUGAUCAGUGCAUAUCCCAAACGAUAAGAGCUUGUUAGCUUAUGUGAUGGAAAAUUUCUUUCGCAAUUAAUUUAAUAUAAGUUAAUAUAUAAGUGCUAAUUUCACAAGAGAAGAUGUAAAUCUUAUUAGAUUGAAAUAAUAUUGUUUUAAGUUUUGAUAUAAUUACCAGAUUUAGACGCCAAAAUUAUCUAAAGGCCAGGCCAUGAACAAAGAGCCAAACUUUAUCAAAAUAGGAUGAGAUUUGAUCGAGAUAUGGGG